AUUAAAGCCUCGUUGAGUCCAUGUGUUUGUCUUCAUGUUCAAAUGACCCGCAUCGAUCGAUAGGGCUGGAGAACACGAGGAUGAGUCCGAUUUCUAGAAAAGAGUCUUCUCAGCCAAAGUUGAUCCCUAUCCUCUGGCCCCUCGACGUUACAUACGAUGACCGUCGUUCCAACCUCACCUCAGAGCCCAAUUUCGGGUGGUCCGUUACCUCAAUACGGGUAUGGCUCUGAUCACACUUUCGAUCGCCUUAUCCAGGACAACCAUUUUUUGUUUCGUGUAUACACUCCGAAGCAACGCUCCCCAUUCUUUGAUACCACUGAGCCCUACUUCGUUGGCCAGAAGUACAACGAGCAAUUUAGAGAGGCCGCAGAACGGCUUCGACAGCCCUUUACAGGCCAGUCAGUAGCUUCAACGAGCAGUUACGCGGAUGUUGCUCAGCACAUGGACUGGACGCAGAGACACAUGUCUCCUUAUAUCUCAACUACGUUCAGCUUUGCCUGGGCUAUUUGGGAGGCCACCCGUAGAUAUCGGGUUGGUCUCAAGCACGAUAUUGAAAUCGCCAUUAUUGAUGCACGCCAGCUCGCCGGUCGAGCUGCAACCGCCCUAGAGCUACUAAGAAAGGGCUCGCCCAAUGAAAGGCAUCUGGACUAUUGGAAGUGGUACAGAUUCGCCCUGGAGUCGCAAGACGUUCUUGUUCAUGGAUCUAUCCCCAGUUCGGCUGUUCUAGCCUCAGUCCCCCUCCUGAACAUCAUGGACAAACUCCCAUCAUACUUCCUCCGCCAAGACACUCUCGUCGACAAGAGGGCGUCUUCUUCACAGUUUGAUAUCCUAUCAUGGGAUACUAUGGAUCGCAAGCCCAGUUUCCGCCAGUUCUGCCAAGACAUGUCAGAUCAGUUCUUGCACCUUCCAACUGAGCAUCGUCUUCGCGAUGCAACCGGAAGUUCUGUCCGCUUGGCAAUGGCAUUUCUGCGUCCCUGGUUCCAUAGCGUUGUCGUCGCCGAUUUCACCGAAGCGACUGAGACUGCUUGCAGUCUUGCGUUCAUAAUUGCGCAAUGGCCAGCUCAGUGGUGGUCACGAGACCAUGUCGAGAUGUGGGAUGUCAUUCGCUCCCUCGUCCAAGCAGUUGGCGAGGAAGUUCGAGCGAAGCAAAAGGGGGAAGCGUUCGAAGAAGUCCGGAGAUUGCAAGGAGUGGUCUCCGAACUCGAGCGUGUCGUACAGGAUUACGAGGAAGCCGAAGUUGCUUCAUCAGUCGAUCCAAGGAACGACAUGGAAGCCGAGGUCGAAGGAUGGGCAGUCGUUCUGCCUCCCUCCCCCCCUGCGUCUAUCAUCGAAUGCUCGAUGUCCGAAACCGCUCUCGUCUUGGCGCCACCAACAGUUCCCGCCCCGCCAGCGGCGUCAGUUUCACAGGUUGAUCAGGCUGUUGCAGCUAUACCAGCCUCUGAGAGUCCGGAUAGCAAUCGGUCGAAGACACCGACCCUCAUUUUUGCCCCCACAAUUGUCAUUCACCAAGAACAACAGCACUUUGCAACGGAGACUCAGCCUACACCAGAACCAGAACCUCCGCAUGAAGAACCGCAGCGACACCCAAAGCGCCGUCCUCAUUCGCUGGCCGAGACCGCAACCUGUAUCGUCACGGGGCUACUUGUUGGCGCUUUUAUAACUCUGUGUAUAGUUAACUCUCAAAGACGCACCCUCAUUUAUGUCACGUAGGGCCUCGGACAAAGUACGAGAUGGGAAUUGAGAAGUGUUAUAAGAAGGUCGUGAAGUAAAAGGAAGCUUGUAUCGUUACAGUAUAACCUAUUAGAUAUUUAUGCAUCCGUAAUUUGCUUUCUGAUAUGCAACUGAUAUGAUCGAUAUAUACUCGAUCUCUAAUAGUUGUCCAGAUGACCCGUGCGUGCUAGCUAAGGCUCUCGUUAUAGCCCCACCCACGUUCUGUAUUUUACCACGUCUCCUGCAUGACGUUCUACAACAGCAUGCACUUCAUCU